AUGAGUGCUGGCGUGUGGAUGAGUGCUGGCGUGUGGAUGAGUGCUGGCGUGUGGAUGAGUGCUGGCGUGUGGAUGAGUGCUGGCGUGUGGAUGAGUGCUGGCGUGUGGAUGAGUGCUGGCGUGUGGAUGAGUGCUGGCGUGUGGAUGAGUGCUGGCGUGUGGAUGAGUGCUGGCGUGUGGAUGAGUGCUGGCGUGUGGAUGAGUGCUGGCGUGUGGAUGAGUGCUGGCGUGUGGAUGAGUGCUGGCGUGUGGAUGAGUGCUGGCGUGUGGAUGAGUGCUGGCGUGUGGAUGAGUGCUGGCGUGUGGAUGAGUGCUGGCGUGUGGAUGAGUGCUGGCGUGUGGAUGAGUGCUGGCGUGUGGAUGAGUGCUGGCGUGUGGAUGAGUGCUGGCGUGUGGAUGAGUGCUGGCGUGUGGAUGAGUGCUGGCGUGUGGAUGAGUGCUGGCGUGUGGAUGAGUGCUGGCGUGUGGAUGAGUGCUGGCGUGUGGAUGAGUGCUGGCGUGUGGAUGAGUGCUGGCGUGUGGAUGAGUGCUGGCGUGUGGAUGAGUGCUGGCGUGUGGAUGAGUGCUGGCGUGUGGAUGAGUGCUGGCGUGUGGAUGAGUGCUGGCGUGUGGAUGAGUGCUGGCGUGUGGAUGAGUGCUGGCGUGUGGAUGAGUGCUGGCGUGUGGAUGAGUGCUGGCGUGUGGAUGAGUGCUGGCGUGUGGAUGAGUGCUGGCGUGUGGAUGAGUGCUGGCGUGUGGAUGAGUGCUGGCGUGUGGAUGAGUGCUGGCGUGUGGAUGAGUGCUGGCGUGUGGAUGAGUGCUGGCGUGUGGAUGAGUGCUGGCGUGUGGAUGAGUGCUGGCGUGUGGAUGAGUGCUGGCGUGUGGAUGAGUGCUGGCGUGUGGAUGAGUGCUGGCGUGUGGAUGAGUGCUGGCGUUUGGUUCAGCGGCGCACAAUCAUAG